AUGGCAGACUCAAGGAUGCCAAAGUACUCCGUAAAGAAGGAAAUGCAAUGGAAGGAUGGUUUAAAACUCUGCACUGGCUGCGCUGCGCUGCACUGCACUGCAUCGCUAGAAAGUGUAAGUGGAGUUGAACCUUUUCCAGUCAUCAUCAUAUUGGAUGUAUAUUGGUACAUGAUCGUGAAACUAGGAAAUGCAUCCCGAAAAUAUUAUGGACACCCACGACACCCACGACACCCACCAGGUGAAUCAAUGAAUGAUACCUACCAAAGGACACGCAGAUAUGGAGAAGCCGGAUACCAUCCUAUGUACCGUCCCUAUUCUUCAUUUAGUUCUUUUUGGAUGAGUACCCCUGAACCAAAGAUCACAAUCCUCCAAGCUUUUUCCGAAAAGGUUUCAGACUUUUCAAUAAAAAGAAUAAAAAGUAAUAUUGAUAUAACACUUUUUUCAACGAUGGCCACUCAAUUCAUUCUCCAUUCUUCCCACAAGCAAGAAGUAAGAAGAAGUAAGAAGCAACAAGCAACAAGCAACAAGCAACAAGCACAGCACAGCACAGCACAAGCAACAAGCAACAAGCAACAAGCAACAAGCAACAAGCAACAAGCAACAAGCAACAAGCAUCAAGCAACAAGCAUCAAGCAUCAAGCAUCAAGCAUCAAGCAUCAAGCCAUCCAAAAGAUAUUACCUUCAAGCAUUACUUCCCUUCUACUUCCUGUAUCUUUCCUCACUAUCCUUAAAUCAGAUAAGGAGCAUCCUGACCUUAAAAAGAUCAACUGUCACCUUUACCCUUGUAGUAAUUGA